AUGGUCCGUACCGUCCUCGCCGCGGCCAUGGCCGGGCUCGCGCAGGCGGUGCCGCAGUUCACAGGCGGGCCCUACACGGGCAUGACGAUGCUGCGGUUCGGCUGCACCAACGUCGUCGUCGACCGGCUCGACCCGCUCGUCAACCCGGGCGUGCGCGGGUCCCCGCACCUGCACCAGAUCGUGGGCGGCGACGGCUUCAACACCACCAUGACCACGGGCGACGUGUCGACGACCGCGCAGUGCACCACCUGCGUCUUCAGCGAGGACCUGUCAAACUACUGGACUGCCAACUUGUACUUCAAGGCGCGGAACGGCACCUAUAAGCGGGUGCCGCAGGGUGGACAUGCCUUCCAGUUCAACGAUAGGUUCAGCACGCAGACCCAGGGCGGUAUCCUCGUGUACUACGCGGCCGACCAGCCCGGCAAGAUCACCGCCUUCAAGCCUGGCUUCCGCAUGCUCGUCGGCGACCCGAACGAGCGGUCGAGGCGCGGGACCAGCAUGAAGCGCCAGAACUGCUACCGCUGCUACACCGGGCCCAACUUUGGCGGCGACACGGGCGCGCCGUGCAUGGACGACCGCGUCGACACCGAGACGCUGCCGAACAAGGUCUGCCCGGGGGGCAUUCGUACAAACAUUCUGUUCCCAACCUGUUGGGACGGCAAGAACCUCGACAGCCCGAACCACAAGGACCACGUCGCCUACCCCGUGACGGGGCCGGCCAACUUCCUGGCGCGCAACGGUGCCUGUCCGGCGUCGCACCCGGUGCGCAUCCCGCAGCUCAUGUACGAGGUGGUCUGGGACACGACCAAGUUCAACGACCGCUCGCUGUGGCCCGCCGACGGCUCGCAGCCCUUUGUGCUCAGCAUGGGCGACCCGACGGGCCUGGGCCAGCACGGCGACUACGUCUUUGGCUGGCAGGACGACUCGCUGCAAAAGGCCAUGGACCGGUCCGGCUGCUUCGGCGCCGAGUGCGGCUCCCUCAAGACCCAGGCCAUCGACCGCGCCCGUGGCUGCACCGUGCCGCGCCGCGUGCACGAGGACAUUGAUAGCUGGCUCACUGAGCUUCCCGGAUCUACCGAGUGGAGCAGAAAGGCGUAG